UUUGUAUUGAACACAAAAAGUAAACACAAGAACCAGAGAUCCAUUGAAAAGACAAUUAAUUAUCGUAUGAAUCGUUGACUGCAAUGGAAACGGAGGACUCUUUCGGUCCGUUGUCACCGACCAAUCCGUUUGCCGACAAACUGGCCAUGGAUUUGGCCGAAGACGACGACAACGAGACUGUCAUCGACUCGGACUUCGGCGACGAAGACAUCGACCAACACAUGCAAGACGUGAACCAAAUCGAGAGAGUGUUGAUCACUGAGAGUGAGACCAACUCUACGGACCAUCGAAACAAUGGUCUGCGCGGGAAAGUGGAGGAAGUGGUCGACGAACGCGAGACCGACGCCGAAGAGAUCGUCGCUAAUUGUCUGGACGACGACCUCCUCAUGGGUUCCCAACUGUUGGCCAAGAAGUACAAGAAGAAUGUUCUCAAAAGCGACACAAAUGACGCCAAAGAUUGUCACAAACGAUGUCAACGAGACAUUCAAAGAGAGAAAGACAUCAGAGUUGGAGUGGAGUUGGAGUUGGAGUUAGAGAGACAGCAAAGGAUUCAUUUCCAGAAACUAUACGAACAUCACAUGAGUUAUUCCCUCCGCAAAGAGUUGGAUGACUGCAACCAAAUCAAGAGUUUAAAACUCGAGAUCUUAAAGUGUAAGCAAGAGUUGCAAACAUUGAAACGAUCUCUAAGUGAUGGCAAUGAUGUCGACCUGAGUUCACACAUGGAAUCAACGAGUGGUGAAACCAAAGAGGAAUUUAAUUGCGAGAACUGUAGCGAACACAUGAAGACCGAGGCGUCGCUGAUAUUUCAUCUCAUUAACCAUUGUAUCGGCGAAGAAGAGUUCCGCUUAGAGACCACUGCCUUCAAGUUG